AUGGCAGAAUACUUAGUAACCGGAGGGACCAGCUACAUAGGCUCUCACAUUAUCAAGGGACUUCUUGAAUUGGGUCACUCCGUAAGAACAACUGUUAGAGACUCAUCAGAUGAGAAGAAGGCGGCUUUCUUGUGGGACUUGAAAGGAGCAAAAGAAAGGUUGAAGAUUUUUGAAGCGGAUCUAACGGUUGAGGGAAGCUUUGACGAAGCAGUCAACGGUGUGGAUGGAGUCUUCCACAUUGCAUCUCGUGUUACUACUUCUCAUUACACAGCCAAUCUGUUGGUCGAUCCCAAUGCAAGUGGAACAGUGAAUUUGAUGAACUCUUGUGCAAAGUCAAGAAAAACAGUGAGAAAGAUUGUUCUCACAUCUUCUUCAACCUCAAUCCGGUUUCGUUAUGACGCCACCAAUGUCUCUCCACUCAACGAAUCACAUUGGAGCGAUCCAGAGUACUGCGAAGACUUCAAGACUUUAGGGGAGAAAGAAGUUUGGAGGAUUGCAGCCGAGAAGAAGCUAAACCUAGUGGUUGUAAUCCCUUCAUUUUCGGUCGGUCCAACGCUUAGUCCAAAACCCACUAGCACCCCUCUGAUGUUUCUUAACAUUCUCAAAGGUGUUGCUGGACAAUACCCAAAUUUCAGGGGAGGGUUUGUUCACAUAGACGAUGUAGUGGCUGCACAUAUAUUGGCAAUGGAAGAGCCUAAAGCCGCGGGAAGAAUCAUUUGCUCGAGUGAAGUGGCUCACUGGUCAGAUAUCAUUGAGAUGCUAAAGCCCAAAUACCCAUCAUACACAUUUGAGAACAAGUGCGUUAGUGAAGAAGGGAGAGAUAUGCCUCAUUGCUAUGACACAACAAAAGAUUCGUGA